UAUAAGAAGCGUCGAGUGCAACUGCCCGGCGCAUUUCGGCGACGACGCGGCGCUGAGCCAGGGCUGCCGCGUCACCCGUUACGGUUUACCAGCUUUUCUAAUGGGAGUCGAUGAACUGCAGACGUGCCGUCUGCUCCCAUCAGAAGACCUCCGCCGGAUGCCGCACCCGCCUGCCGCUCGGCCGACGCCGACGCGCCGAUGCCGACGCAAAAGCGCCGACGCCGACGCGGCAGGCUGGCGCCGACGCCGCCGGCGUGGCCGCGCUACGCCGCCCGGCCGCAUUGCUGGCCCGCGUCGCUGCCGCCGCUCCCAGCGAGCGGCACACAGAUGACGCAUUCAAUCAUAAACAAAUAAAUCAAAUCGGAAAGAAUAAUAUAUAUAAAAUACAUAUCUAUAAGCACAUAGGGCGUGAAGCUCAAUAUAUAAAAUCGAUGUCUAGUGAUUGAUUCAGGAAGACGGUUAUAAAGUUUAUUUACAUGCGUAAUCAUAUAUGUUAGUUGUUUUUAUUACAUUUUCGUUAGAAUAAGGUAAAAAUUGUUUAUUAUAUAAGGUGAACGCGUCUGCAACUACGUAAGUAAUAUGGGACCGUGAAGUGUCAGAUUGAUUCAGAAAGACUGAUUUUACAUGCGUAAUAUACAGCUGACUGAACAUAAACUUUUGUUGCAUGUUGUUUUUUUUUAUAUUUUCAUUAGCAUAGGGUACAAAUGUUUAUUACAACACACAUAGGAACCACGUUUGCGGCUUCUGCUGCCAAAUAUAGGACUAAGGACUUUAAAUCGUUUUGGAGGCUUUGACUUUCUCUCAAUCGAUUCCGUUACUUAUACACUUUGAAGAAUUUGCGAUAAUAUUUUAGGAUAUCACGAGUUAGCAUUAAUUAAAAUACUAUAACUGGGUAUUGUAAGAUGGGUGGUCUACGCUCGGUGAGCCCGUUCUAAUUUAGGGGUGUUGGGUUCCAGUUGGUAGCUCGGUGGGCCCUAAUUGACGUUGGCAAAUAGUUUUAAGUUUUAGAGUUUAAGUUUCCUUGAAACACAUAGUGUAGAUUCAUGAUAGUAUUAAGUCAUAUACACAGUAAGUUUUUGUUUUUGUGUUAUGGAACAUUUUGGAAAUUUGAAACAGUGUUCUCUUUUUUUUAUAUUUUUGUUAUUUUUAUAGAUCUCUCGCACUCUCAUGUUAAGUACUUCAAAACGGAGAUUUUUUGGUUUAAUUUAGUUUUAUUAGUCGUAAGUGAUGCCUUUCGUACUCAGUGCCCGAUCUUUAUUGCUACCUUACUUUAAUAAUAAACUUUUUCGUAAAA